AUGAACUGCCAUUGGAAGCUGUCGAUGCCUGUGGGGAAACUAGUGACGAUCACUUUCCUCGAGUUCGAUCUGGGGUCGUGUUGCGACUGCGCCCAAAUCACACUGUGGGAUUCUGUCUGGCCACACGGGGCCUUCCUGGGAAGAGGAUUCUGUGGCUCGGCGAUACCACCUAUAGUGAAUGCCAGCGGUAGUAAUAUUAUACUCAUCGACCUUUGGAUGAAUGGAACAAGUAUAUUACCAGGAUUCAGGCUGUAUUAUGAAACGAUCACGGCGCCACCUGCUUACUUAUGUCAGGGAGACCAAGCCCUGACGACUGUAUCAGGGCUACUGCAGGCAUUCUCUCCAGACACGUACUAUAAUAACCAGACGUGUUCCUGGCAACUGACGGUGGCAAACAGAAGAAAAAUUGGGAUUUACUUCCAGUGGCUCCAAACCGAGAGUAGGUACGACAUAGUCACAGUGCAAGCUUUAUCUACAUCAGCACUGUUGGAAAAGUGGCAGUAUUCUGGAGAUACGGCACCCCCUCUCUUAGUUUCACAGGGAAAUGCAGCUAACAUCUCGUUCUCAACGGAUUCCUCUAGUGUCCGGCAAGGAUUCCAAAUUUUCUACUUCACCGUCUAG